AUGUUAUCAGCCUCUACCUUAAGUUCAGCUCAUUCAAGUGCUUUUAGUGCCAAUUCUGGUAUCUUAACGCCAUAUUCUCAAUACUCCAGCAGCAACGAUUCAGCAAAAAAGUCUAAUGGUAAUCCGCUGACGGAGCUUAUUGAAACUGAACAAUCUUUUAUAGAAAACUUGAAGAUUAUUGAUUCACAAAUAGCUCCCAUUUGGAUGAAGCAGAUGACAUCUGCAGCGCCCGACUUUUCAGAAUUGUUAAAGUUAAUACAUGAUAUACUAAAAGUCAAUAAGCAAUUUUGCAUGAAAUUAACAAAUAUUGCUGCUAAUCCUCAAAAAAUGAAGGAACUCGGCAAUGCAUUGAUGCAAUGGGUGGAUAGCAUGGAUGCACCUUAUUCCAAUUAUUUUCGAAGUUUCAUCCCAAGAUUAAACACACGGCAUGAUAUAGUGAAAAUCCAAGCCAUACAAGAUCUUCUUCAGAACCUCUCUGAAAAUGCAGCGUAUGAAAUAACCCUCGAAUCACUAUUCAGUGCACCAGUUCAGCAAUUAAAAUAUUACAAAGGAUUAUACAGUAGAUUGCUGGAUAGCACUGAGCCAGAUAAAGAAGAUUAUAGGUUAUUAUUGAGGGCUAGUGAAAGAAUAAAUACAAUUCAGAAGCUGAUGCCAAAAGCUGAUUUAUCAACAAUCAACGAUAUGUCAUCUAACACAGUGCAUUCUACAGUAUCCCGCUUACCAUCCAUCAAUACCAAUUUUGAUGUACUUGAUACACCACAAUCAGAACUGGCUACAUUCUUGCGUCAAGUUGAUUGCUCCAGAACCGUCGAUCUUUUUAAUGGUACGAAAAUUAAUUAUGAAUUAUCCACAACACAAUCAGGCACACAAAUUGUAAAACGUAAUAAUUUUUUCAUGAUGCAAAAUGAUGGAAAAAGCACACCACCUACUCGAAUGCAUUUGGUUCUUACUACAGAAUGCUUAAUAAUAUGCCGUGAAUGUGCAAGUACAUUUUUUUUAAUGUUCCCCGCUAUUUCGAGUCAUGAUGUUACAGUAAAAGCAGACUUACUAGAAAGAGAAAUAGUUGGCGAGUAUAUCCUUGCAUUCACAAUGUUCGGAAAAAAGCAUAUUACGCUACGUGCCGAUUCAAGAGAAAUAAGAAAUAUGUGGGUGGGACAGUCAGCGGAAGUGACCAAAGUAGACCUGAGCAAUUCCAGAUCCUUGAGUGCCAUUGUCGAGCAGCAUCUGUAUUGUGCUAAGAAUGACAAUGAAAAGAAACACGCUAACGGUAUUAAGAAGACGGACAUAUUUACCUACUAUUCAGAACCCGGAGCAGUGUCACCAUUAGAAAGCUCUGAUGAGGAGCAAGAAGAAACAUUCGCAUUCUUUAAUACGAAACAAAGCAACAAUAGUGACAGCAUUAACACUCCACGAGAUACAAUUAUGGAUAUCUAUAACAACCAUAUUUUUGGUGAGAGACAGGAAUAUGAAGUAAAAGAACCAAUACCCGGUAUAUUCGCUCCCCAAACUGUCAAGAUACUUCCUCAGAUUCCUAAUGUUUCACAACUGGAAGUACAAAGCAUGGAUGACAUUACAGCAAACAGUUCAUCUUCCCCAAAUAAAGGCACCUUUAACGUGGACGAUGAGAAAACAUCGCUUGCUUCUGUUCCUGAUGAGGCUACAACUAAGGGUUCCGGCCAUGUUCAAUUAAUGUAUAUUAAUGCACCUAUAGCUCAGAUGUCGACUAUGUCAAUUACACCCCCUGUUGAACAACCUAACGAAUUAUAUCAGUCAUCAACCUCAUCAUCCUUAUCUUCUUCUUUACGAACUACACCUCCGACAACAAAUUCAGGUGCUUCCUCUACUUCUUCUUCUACUUCCUUUCCCUCUUCUCCUUCAACUACAACUGAUACUUCAACCUUUAGUCAGAAGACUGCAAUGCCACCACAGAUACAGCAUAGCAGUAAUAAAAUUGGCCCAUUAACACAACAACUGCCUACAAACGGUAGAAUUGGUAAGAGUAAUGAUAAUAAACCAUCUUCUCCCUCGUCCCCCAUGACAGUCAACAUACAAACAGCUGCUUCUGUCCCUGUAGCUAUGCAAGCAGUUACACAGAAAAAGGAUGAAUUUCUUUCAAGAAGUCAGCAGCAGCAGCAACAAAACAAUUAUCGGCCUAUCGUUAAUAACAAUCUACAAUAUCAUGCUCGUCCUCCUCCAACUGGCUUGCUUAAUCAGCGUAACGAUUCUAUCCGGCAACAACAACAUCCUGUCAUUCCAAGAAGUUCGUCUAUAAGAGGAGCUUUACCACAACAAAGACCGCCACCAAUGGCAAUAUAUGACAAUCACAGUAAUAUCGCUAAUCAAAUUGCAGGUCAGCAGCAACUGUCCGCUCGGUCUAUAGCGCAAAAUCAACAUUCUCUGCAACAGCCUGGACAAUUAAAACCGCUCCCAAAUCAGCCACUUGCAGGUCCUAAUGAAUAUAGAAAUCGACCUUUACCAGCUGUCUCAACAGCAACAGGUCGAUCACAAGCGCCACAGCCACAGCCUCAACAACAACUUUCUCAUCCUAAUUUUCUUCAACAUCAGCAGCCACAAUACAUACCACCAUCACUUUCGCCCUCUUCACUCAAUAGUACUGGUAACAUUCUCCAACCUAUUAAUCACUCUCAGCAGCCUAUGUCAGCACCUGCCAGACCUGUGCAAGUUGGAGGAGAACAACAACAGCAGCAACAACAGCGUCAACAGCAGCAACAGCAGUCAUUAUCUUCUCGGAUGCCAUCAGAUGCAAGAGAGCCUUUGAAUGGCAGUAAUUCACCUAUACCAACGCAUUAUCAACAUCAACAACAACUCAAGAAUAACAAUAACAGCAAAUUAGUAGAAGAUUUGAACUCACCUCCUCAUAGUCCAGACAUGUUCAUUUCCAUGAAAUAUGUCCGUCAAGUACUCUAUAGCAACAAUCAGUGUGAGGUUUUCCAUUGGAACAAUCAAUCAUGGUAUGCCGUAGAAGGCCAAUGUGAGUUACAAAUCAAAUUGACCCAUACCAAUCGCACUUGUGUUACUGUGCAGUUACUACCCAACAAUCAGCUUUAUUUAAAUGCGUGGAUUAUGCCCACUACUGUUAUCCGUCAACCUUCUCCGACUGAUGUGAAUAUAUCUCUUUAUCUGGGUCAGAAGAAGGAGAACUAUCUCAUUCACUUCCCUCAACCGCAAGAAGCUAAUAUGCUAGCUAAUACGUUAUAUAAAGCUCACCAAGAUGCCGUUACAUUGCAGCAACAAGAAAUAACAUCAGCAGCAGUGGCAGUUGGAGAUAGUGAUAGGGAGCCUGACCUUCCGGAACCUGUCGAUACCGUCAACAUACCACAAACUUUAAAACCCUUAAUGCAAUGUAAAGCCAAACUGUUCGUGAAGAAUGAAACGGCCAAUUGGAGCACACUUGGAAGUGUUACCAUGCGUAUUUCUCAGCAAUCGCCUAGCUUACGAAUGUUGAUACAAAUCGAAAAUGAUAAGGCAAAAUUGGUCAGUGCGAUAGUAAGAAGUGGCAACGUGGAAAAGAUUAAUUCAAAAAGAAUAUCGUUUUUGUUGACGGAUGACUCUUCAAAAACCAGUAUUGUGUACAUGAUACAUUUGAGAGAAGAUCAGACGGGCAAUAAGAUUUAUGAAUAUCUCCGAACAAAGAAUGCUGAAAAUGGGUGGUAA